AUGCGCACUACUUUCUUCAUCAUUGAAAAAUUUGAAAAGUAGUCGGCCACCGACUUUCUAACCUCGCUUGAAAAAGGUCACCGCCAGAGUCUGGUUAAUCUAAGAGAGAUUUAAAAAAGGAAAAUAAAAAAUAAACUGAACCAGACGAGGAAGGCCUCUUUUUCGCAGGUAUAUGGAUCCAAGAACUGCUUGGUUUCCACCGGAGCAUCUUGGACGAGCCCAUACUCUUUGGACUAAAAUUUGGGAGGCGCAAAUAGGCGUGGACAGCAUGUACCUCAAUAACAGUAACUUAGUAAAUUCGGACCAAAAAUCUCAAGAAUGUAUAUCUUUGGAUUAUAUUAAUAUACUCGAUGGAAAGAAUACACAAACGAAUGGUGACCAUAAUGUUUUAAAUCAACAAAAUCAAUUGAAACGCAAGCGUGAAAAUCGUGCCAGUACGUAUGGCUUGAAUCAUUCCUCAGUAAAGCAUUUACUUGGAAAAGAUGGCGCUCUAAUUCCUUGGAAAAGUAAGGAUAAAAAUUACCCUACAUAUGUCUUAGGGUUACAUGAUGAAAUCAAAGAUUUUUAUGUAUACAUGUCUCCCCGUCCAGAGGAAAAAUUCAUGAGAGAGGGUGUAGUGAAAAGAAUACAAAAUGUUGUAAAGCAAUUGUGGCCUGAUGCACAGGUGGAAAUUUUUGGCAGCUUUUGCACUGGAUUGUACCUUCCAACCAGUGAUAUUGACCUGGUUGUGUUUGGAACUUGGGAAACACCCCCGCUAUGGAAGUUGAAAGGUGCUCUGGUCGAGAAUAACAUUGCUGAUGAAGAAUAUAUCAAAGUGUUAGAUAAAGCAUCCGUCCCCAUUGUAAAAUUGACUGAUCGACAAACUGAGGUUAAAGUUGACAUUAGCUUCAACAUGCGUAACGGGGUAAAAAGUGCCAGGCUUAUCAAGAGUUAUAUGGAGGAGUUUCCACACUUGAAAUACUUGGUACUGGUGCUCAAACAGUUCCUUCUACAGCGAGAUCUCAACGAAGUAUUCACUGGUGGAAUCAGUUCAUAUUGCCUUAUACUUCUCACUGUUAGCUUUUUACAGCUUCAUCCUCGAUUAGAAGCUAAAACUUCUAACACAAACCUUGGAAUACUAUUGAUUGAAUUUUUUGAACUUUAUGGUCGUAAUUUUAAUUAUCUAAAGACUGGUAUUCGAAUUAAGGAUGGAGGUUCAUAUGUACCGAAAGAAGAAAUUCAGAAAGACAUGGAAAAUGGUUACCGUCCGUCUUUGUUGUGUAUUGAGGAUCCGUUGACAGUUGGAAAUGAUAUUGGUCGGAGUUCUUAUGGUGCUAUGCAAGUAAAACAAGCAUUUGAAUAUGCUUUUCUAGUAUUACGACAUACGAUCUCCCCUCAGCAUGCUUAUGUUCUUCGAGAAAAUCAAAGUAUUCUUGGUAGAAUUGUACGAGUAACAGAUGAAGUUGUACAGUAUCGAAAAUGGAUUCAAGAGAACUUCCCUAGUAAACAACCAUCUCCUCCAGUUUCUGUACCUUGUAACCAGGAAAUAACUAAAGAAGAGCGUAAUACAGAUGUUCUUCGUCAAUCACAGCAAGUAAAUAGUGUCAGCAGUAGUUCAAUUGUAAAUAACCAUUGCAAUGCAAAUCCGGUGAUGGAGAGUGAAGCUUCAGAUUCUAGUGGCUCAAUAUAUUGCAAAUCUACAUCUAGUUCUUCUGCUAGCUCCAGCUCAAGUAUAGCCAGUGAUGAGGAAUCAGAUUGCAGUGCAGAUGGUAACAACAAAGUUAGCCAGCCUACUAACACUAUGAACAAUAAAUCAUCCUCUCAAACAUCUGUAACUCGAAGUAGAGAUCAGAAUGUAGCUCCUGGGACUGGAACAAAAAUUAGAGACAAUAACACAAUAAACACUUCAUCAUCUGCACAUUCUUCGCCUGUAGUUACAACAUCAGCUAAUGUGUAUCGACGAAUACCAAAUAGCACAUAUAAUCCAACCUAUAAUCUGGGUAAACCUCUUGAUGUAAGUGGACUGAACAAUACCAAAUAUCCUUCCCAAUAUAAUAUUGGUCAAAACACUCACAAUAUGCAAGUUAAGAAAAUGAUUCAUCAAAAUAACAACACAAAACGACGGAAAAACACAACCAAAAGAGAUGGUAUUAUCGCUCCUGGCAAUGGGAGCAACAGGUGAUCUUUCUCAGGAUAACUUGGGUUUAGCCCAUGGUUGUUCAUAUACAUUGCUGGUGUUUUGACCUAUCAACUCAGCCAGUAUUUAAUGGUUUCAUACCAUUUCUGCUUUGUUUUGAUACAAAGCAUGUAAUAAUUAAGAUAAUUAUUCCGAAUCGGAAAAAAAAAAAAAGAAUGUUUCCAGUACUUGAUUGGUUGAAGGUAAACAAGAAAAAAUUAAAUAAAAAAAAAAGGAAAAUGUAAAAUGAUUUUUAAAAAGAUAAAAACACCUCCAAAAACCCCAAAAAAAUCCCCUCCAAAUAAAAGUAAUAUUAGUUGAGAUCUCAGUUGAAUAUCAAAAAAAUGUGUAUAUAUGCAUAUAUAUAUAUAUAUAUAUAUAUAUAUAUAUAUAUAUAUAUAUAUAUAUAUAUGUAUGUAUAUAAAUGUGUGUAUAUGUAUACAUACAACUUACAUAUACAGAUAUAUGCAUGUGUGUGUGUAUAUAUAUAUAACAUGUAUACAUAUGUACUUGUGUGUAUACAUGCACAUAUGCAUGUGUUCAUGUGUGUGCAUGUAUAUAUAUAUAUAUAUGUAAAUACGUGUGUGUAUAUAAUAUAUACAGACAGACAGACAUACAUAUACACACAUACUUCAAAAUUUGUAAAAUAGCUUAUGUAAAAUACUUUCACUAGAAGUGUAACAGCAAGAGAGCAUCUGUAGCUGCUCAAUUUUUCUAGUUUUUCUUUAUUUACAAGUAUUAAAAAAAAAAAUGAGAAAGAAAAAAUCUUUAAAAAAAUAUACUUUUUCUCCACUAUGAAAAUUACUGAAUCUCAAUCUUAUAUUUCUCCCCUUUGUUUUCUUCUCCCUCUCCAAUCUUAUAGACCUGUCAGAUAUCCUCAAUAAAAACAGGAUUUCUGCUAGGUUUUAAUGGAAACUGAACCCAGCCAAGUGCCAUGCUGUUGAGGAGUUGAAAUUGUUUAGACAUUCCAUGAAUUUUUUUUAUAUAUAAAUAUAUGAAGUAAAAUUUGUAUGUGUGUGUGUAUGUGCGUAAGAGUGUGGGCACCCCAGUGUGUCUGAACACAUGCAUUCUCUGUUCAUUAGUAAAGCCCCUUCAUACUUUAGUUAUGUAUUUUAAGGAGUUGGGAGAUAUUGUUUACAAAGAAAAUUAUCUCUUUGCCUUUCACUGAAUACAAGAUCAUUCCAAUAUAUAAGUGAUUUGAUUUUAGAUUUGGGUGGGGAGAAUAAAGAAAACAUAAAAAAUUGGAAUUGGGUAAUCAUGCUAAGUAAGUAGUCUUUUAGAAAUGUAAAAGUUGGUUUAGGAUUUUUGAGGACUUAGAGAGGGCCUUUCAAAUUAAUGCAUUUUCUAAUUAGAAUAAUGUAACAAUCUGUCUUCUAUGGAUAAUGUUUUCAUCCACUUUUUCUCUGAUUCUGAAAUUUAAAUGUAAUAUCAUAUGUAUAUAAGGAAAUUGUGGAAAAUGAAGUUUCAAACCAGGAAUCUAUAUUUGUUAUUUUAUAUAUUUUAAUACUCCCUAUCUAUAUGCAUAAUUAGUUAUCACUAGAUUUAUAUAUGUAUUCUUUUUCAUGACAAAAAUAGUGAGAAAUAUCUAUUUAAUGGGCUGACUACUUUAGAUAUUAGCAAGAGCAUAUUCAAUGGAAUUUCUUUUUUUCUUUCUUAUAUUUAAAUGUUAUUGUAAGUAAAAUUGUAAAUAGAUAUCCUCCUUCACUUUUUAAAUUUAGAAAAACCUGUAAACUGAUAGGACAUUAAGCACAAUAAAUGUAUAAUUUGGUUCUUGACCUUAUUUUGUAGAUUUCUUCACAUGAUGAUUUCUUUUAGUUUCCGUCUUCUGUUAGAGUUUUGUUAAAUUCACUCAUCCAUACAUUACCCAAAAUCAUUUUUUAUCUCGUUAAUUGUUUUAAAAACACUCUAAAAUUAGAAAAAGUAAACUGUAAAUAGUUUUAAAUAUAUUUUAAAUUUAAUAUUUACAAAAAAGUUAAAAAUAAUGAAAACUGGAAACUAAAAUAUACAAGAUCAUGCUUCUUGGAUACACUUUGUAUCUUGGGAAAAUAAAAUAAAUGAAAAAAAAAAAAAACACAAAAUGUUAACUCUGAAUAUCUUUUCCUGAAACAUUUUCAACAUUAGUAAAACCUAAAAUCACCUGAUUUUGCUCACUACUUACUAUGCUUUUGACACAUUCAUGGCUAAUUUAUGUGUAUAUUAUGUAUGUAUUUCGAACUUGUAUCUAAAUAUUUUUGUUAAACUGUUAUGUAUAUUUUGUUAAAACUUGAUAUUUUUUUUCUUUGAUUUCUGUUGAAGUUACUUUUUGUGUACAUGAUUGUUAAAGUAAAAGUUGUCAUUUAAAAAAAAAAAUUUGGAGACAGGAGUUGUAAUCAUCUAUAUGCCAAAUGAACAUGCUUUACAAUUCUCUUGAUCGAAGAUUUAAUUAAAAAAAUUUUUGUUUUAGUUUACUGUUAGGACAAUUUGAUUUACUGUUACUGUAAACUAUUCUUAAUUAGAUUUAAGGCUUGUAUUGUUUUAAACAAAAUUAAUCUCAUUUUGUUUGAUUCUUUUGAAUUCAUUCUUAUUAGAGAAUCAUUUUGUCUUGUUACUUAAAGGCUCUGGUUGCUAAAUUAGAUAAAUCCAAAUACAUAAUGUCAAGAAAUCAAAUAGUAUGAGGUUUUUAUGAAACAGGUUAGAUUAUGGGAUAUAGUUUCGAAGCUGUCAAAUUAAAUUCCUUAUUUCGUUACAGACUUGCAUGGUAUUCUCCCUAAACCAGUAAUUAAAUAUGAUUUUAGAUACUUGCAUUAAAAUUAAUUGAUAUAUUAUUCUCAUUAAUUAUAUUCAUUAUUUAUCCCUGGAAUGAAAUAUAUUUUUCAGAUCACACUCGGUUUCCAUAUCUGAUAUAGGAAAUAUAGAAAUAUAUUCUAGAGGAUGUGGUGUAAUU